UCAUCCCCGGAAGCAACGGUAUUCGGGGGUUGGGUUAUAAGCCAUCAGCAACAACGUGCCAUGUAGAGUAGCGCGGAUAAACAUAGUAGUCAGUAAAUAAAAGAAGCGAAACUAUUCCUGUGUCGACCUGACAUAAGACCACUGCCAGCUGGAUGGAAGCGCAGCUCGAACUGUAAUCCUCGGCGGAGCUGAGGAGGAUGGGAGGAGCGUCCCCUUGCUGGAGGACAUGUCAUUCGGUCGACUCCUGCGCCGUGCUUCCACUAAAGCCUCGGACCUCCUGACCUUCAACUCGGCGGGGACGCGCGGAGCCCUGGACGGAGAGAUCAUCUUCUCCAAGAACAAUGUGUGUGUGCACCCAGCAGAGCCCCUGCCCGGCCUACCGGAGCACCACCCAGGCUACCUGUGUGUGCACAUGGAGAAGGACGAGGCCCUGGGCUCCACGCUCAUCCUGACCUGGGUGCCCAACUCGCGCAUCCAGCGGCAGGACGAGGAGGCGCUGCGCUACAUAACCCCCGAGAGCUCCCCCGUGCGCCGGCACCCCCGCCGCCGCCCGCGCCGACCCCAGAGACCCCAGCCGGCCCCCGAGGAAGAGGAGGAGGACGAGGCCGAGGCCCGGGAGGCGGAACCUGCCCUGCUGGCCCCCUCGCAGAACAACCACCAGCAGCAGGGGCAAGGGCAGUUGCAGGGGGGGCACGAGGAGGGGGACGAGGGCUCUUGCGAGCUCUCGGCGGACGAGGUGAGCCGCGACAGCACGCUGGGCUCCGACUCGGACACCUUCUCCUCGCCCUUCUGCCUGUCGCCCGUCAGCGAGGCGCUCGGGGAGAGCAGCGGGCCGGUGUUCCUGGACAGCGAGGGCAGGGAGAUGUGUGAUGAGUCCAUGACCCACUCGGCCAGCUCGGCCUCCAGCCUGGACAGCCACGCGCCGUCCGAGAGCAGCCAGUCGCAGGGGGUGCGGUGGGAGGAGCACCAGAAGGUUCUGGCCCUGGAGCAGUUGUGUGGGGUGUUUCGGGUGGACCUGGGCCACAUGAGGUCCCUGCGACUCUUCUUCAGCGACGAGGCCUGCACCAGUGGUCAGCUGGUCAUCGCCAGUCGGGAGAGUCAGUACAAGAUCCUGCACUUCCACCAUGCUGGCCUGGACAAGCUGGCCGAGGUCUUCGGGCAGUGGAAGUGCUGUCGGGAAACCCAGCUCAAAGACCAGGUGUCAGACGAGAAGUCGUGCAUGCAGUUCUCCAUCCGCAGGCCCACGCUGCCCUCGGCCGAGACCCACCCGGAGGAGCGCCUGUACCGGCGGCUGGACGUGGCCUCCUGGCUGCGCCACCUCAACCACAGCGGCCAGCUGGAGGAGGAGUACAAGCUCCGCAAGGCGAUCUUCUUUGGCGGGAUUGACCCGUCCAUCCGGGGCGAGGUGUGGCCCUUCCUGCUGCGCUACUACAGCUGGGACUCCACCUCUGAGGAGCGCGAGGCCUGGAGGCUGCAGAAGAGGACAGAGUACCAGGAGAUCCAGCAGCGCAGACUGUGCAUGAGUCCAGAGGAGCACAGUGAGUUCUGGAGGAAGGUCCAGUUCACUGUGGACAAGGACGUGGUCCGCACUGACCGGAGCAACGCCUACUUCAGGGGAGAGAACAACCCGAACGUGGAGAUCAUGAGGCGCAUCCUGCUCAACUACGCCGUGUUCAACCCCGAGAUGGGCUACUGCCAGGGCAUGUCCGACCUGGUGGCCCCGCUGCUGUCCGAGGUGCAGGACGAGAGCGAUACGUUCUGGUGCUUCGUGGGCCUGAUGGAGAACACCAUCUUCAUCAGCUCGCCCCGCGACGAGGACAUGGAGAGACAGCUGAUGUACCUGCGUGAGCUGCUGCGCCUGAUGCUGCCGCGGUUCCACCAGCACCUGCUGCGUCUGGGGGAGGACGGACUGCAGCUGCUCUUCUGCCACCGCUGGGUGCUGCUCUGCUUCAAGCGCGAGUUCCCCGACGCAGAGGCCCUGCGCAUGUGGGAGGCCUGCUGGGCACACUACCAGACGGACUACUUUCACCUGUUCUUGUGCGUGGCCAUCAUCGUGCUGUACGGAGAGGACGUCACCGAGCUGCAGCUGGCCACCGACCAGAUGCUGCUCCACUUCAGCAACCUGUCCAUGCACAUGAACGGAGAACUGGUGCUGCGCAAGGCACGCAGUCUGCUGUACCAGUUCCGCCUGUUGCCCAGGAUCCCCUGCAGCCUGCACGACCUGUGCAAGCUGUGCGGGCCGGGCAUGUGGGACAGCCGCUACAUCCCGACCGUGGAAUGUUCCGGAGAGCACCAGGACUCUCAGAGCUGCCCGUACGGGGGCACCGUCGACCCCCAGCCGCCCCCGUCGCCCCGGCCCAACGCCACCCCGCCCCCGCCCGAGGGCAAGAGGGGCUCCAAGACGCGGGACAUCUUCAGCUUCCGCAAGCCGUCCUGAGCGCGGCGUGGGAUCGGGUCGCGGAUGCAUGUCACUUCCUUUUGGGGUCGCGGGGGGGGCGGCGGUGGUGGGCGCCCUGGUCCCGGGCACCGUGGCUCUCGUAGCCCUGGGUUCCACUCAUGGGUGCGGGCACUGAGUUCAAGUGGACCUCCGUCCACAAUGCCGCACUCUCGAGUUUAUUUCCAGACGUUUGUUUGUUUAUUUGCUUGCUUGUUUGUUAUUUUGGAU